AUGCGCGCCGAUAUCUUCUGGUCUGCUGUGUGGAGUUCUUGCUUCAUCGGGGGCGUGAUCCUCGGGAGCACCGGGCCAGCGAACACCUUGGCCUUCGGUUCAUCAUCACCAAGUCUUCGUGGAAGCAGUUCUGCUCAGACAAAGCCGUCUGAGACAACUGUCCAGCGCAAGGACGAGACCGUUGCUGCCGAAAAGGAGAUGAUCAACGAGACCGUUGCUGCCGAAAAGGAAAUCAAAGCGCCAAUCAGCUCCAAGCAGCAGGAGGAAGAAGAACCCGGCGCAACAGGGGGAGACGAAGACGCCGCUGCCUCCAUCACCCCCACCACCAAGAACCGUUCCCUGGGUGAUCUCGACUCCAGUUUGGACGAGAGUCUCCUUGACGACGAACAGCCAUCGCUGAGUGCGUACGGUCUACCACGGAGCAAGAUCGCCCAGCGAAUCAAGAGGCUCAACGGAGGGCUGUGGGGCCCCACCGAGGAGGAAGAGAAAGAGAUCGCCAAGGAACUAGCGGCUUUGCGCGAGGAGGAUCCCUCGUCGUCGCAAGAAGAAGAAGACAUCGAGCUGCUCUACUACUCUUACGACUACGACUUCGAGGACGGCGGACUGUCGUACAGCUACGAGAUGCACAACUUCUGAGCGGGGGAGGUGACUGACGAUGCAAGCCGAGCCGGAGAGACGGUCAAGUGUCGGGCCGGUUGCUUCGAGCCUUCUCGGGUGGUUCUUCUUCGGCGAUUUCGCCGAUAUACCGGGGGGUGCGCACAGUAGUGCCCGUUGAAAGGCCACGCACGGUGGGGGACGAGCAUGUCGCACGCCCCUCUCUCCCCAACCAUUCCUACCCUGGAAGAGUGGUUGGCGGAGAAGAGCGGGGGAUAGGUCAACGGCACUCGGACGCUCUGGCAGGCGGAGUUCGCCUUUCUACAUUGUUGCCCGUUCAGAUGUUUUGUUCGUACAAUGUGGUGGAAUCGUUGUAUAGAGAAGAGGAACAGAGUCCUAUCUUUUGCCGGAAAACGUCAGCUCCCUUGGGAUGGUUGACUUAGGAAAUUGGAGGCUUGUAGCAAAACAAAAGACGUCGAGAUAAGUGAGUAGACCUUGGCUCACUCUCGAUCCGUGUUUUUCUGACCUACUCGUUCGUUGGCCAAAUAUAUUAUUUUAAAGGGCCACAGCCUUGAGCCGUGGUUUCCUCUGGCUACUGUUGUGAUGACUUUCGCGAUCAGCGAAAAGUCUUUUUUGGCGCACCUUGUGUCCCCU